AAAAAAAAAGAAAAGAAAAGAAAGAAAGAGAAUUAGAAUGAGAGAGAGAGAUUUGGGAACUGACAAGUAUAGUUGGUUAAACCAUUAAAAUGAUAGCAAUCAACUAAAGAACAAGUAUGUGUAGACAGAGGCCCAAAGACUAAGCCCUGGGAUAGGCCUGUGUUUAAGGAUAAAAAAAGGAGGAAAAUCCAGCACGAGAGAUGGAGGAAGAGCAGUCAGUGAGCUAGAAGGAAAACCAAGAGUUCCUGAAGCCAAAUGGGGAACGUGAGCACACCAAAUUCUUCAGAGAAGUUGAGUAAGAUGAGGAUGAGGAACUCAUCACUGGCUUUGGCACAUAGAGAUCACUGGUCCACGGUUUCAUUGAAGUGUUGGGAUGACAGCCUGUUUGGAAUGGGCUCAAAAGAGAACAGGAAGAGGAGUGGAGACAAGGAGUCCAGACCACCCUUCAGUGGAGUUUAGCUGAAAAGGAGUACAAAGAAAUGGGACAGUAUCUGGACACGGUGUAUGGUCAAGAGAGGGAGCUCUUGCAGCCAGCAAGUAUUCUGAAGUGCCCUGUGGUGGGACACUUAAGUUACUAUUAGCACAAUUAUUUUGCCGUUAUAAAUAGUGCUGCUGAAUGAAGGCCACAUCAGGAUCUUGUUUUUAAAAAGAAAUGUCCUUGUUCUGGGUAUGUGUUUUGUCAACACGACGUCCUGCUCAUCAUGAACUGGUUCCACAUUUCUAUUUUGUUCAAGAUGGAAGGCUUUGAUACUGUGCACUCAGGUUUUCUCUGGUCAACACUUCCAGAUCCUCUGCAUUUCAGAGCCCACAGAGAACCCCUGAGGCCACUGGGCUCAGUUCUGUCCGUGACCAACUUUCUGGGUCCUAGCCCCAUGUGUCCCUCCCCUGUAGUAUACUGUAGCCACACAAAAAGUUCGAGAAGGGCAGGGGCCGUGGGCCCAUCAACUCCUUUAUUCCCCAGAACACCUGCCCACCCCUCGGGUCCUGGGGAGAGGAAGGGACCCUGUGAGUACCUAAUGACUGCCCCAGGAAGCAAGGCCUUCCUGAGCCAGGGGGCUCUCUGGGACCGUUUCUUACACAGCAGGACAGCUGUGGGCCAACCAGGCCUGCCCUGAGGACUGGGCCAGAGCCCUUGAGGGGACGGCAGGGAAAGGCCCAAAGGACCAAGUGCUCAGCAAAGACCAAGGCAGCCUGGACUGAGCUAGACACCCAGGCUCCAGGUUCCUUCCUCUGAAACAUCUGCAGGUUUUUGGGAGGCGAAGGGGUCUCAGCUGCCAUGGCUGACCUCUGUGGGACCUCUUCUUCAGCUCCAGAUGGUCUCCACAGGGUUCAUAUACACAGGCUCCCUACACGUACGCAUGCACGCGCAUACACACACACACACACACACACACACCCCAGAGUAAAUUUACUGAUAUACACCAAUAUGAACACAGACACACAAUGACUUACCUAUACACACAUAUUAAUAGAUGCCCAUACUGCUCUGAACACAUACCUUCAGACAUCCACACAGACUCGCACUCACCCACAUACACACACUGACACGGCACAUUCACAUACAAAGAUACACACUGACAUGUACUACAGAGACACGCUGAAACACAUCCAUAUGCACACCACACACACUGAGAGGUACAGUGAUGCACACAGUCACAGACGCACAGACAUACGCUGAUGUAAUUGUACAAAUGUGGUCACACUGACACAUACAUGCAAUCAUCUGCGCAGACUCAUACAAACGGACACAAAUACCUGAAAUACAGAGCCACAGACAGACACAUAUGGAAGCACGGUAUGCACAAAACACACAGUACAUACCAUGCCGCACACACCCCGACCCACACAGUCUAACAAGCCCCAAGGGUCUCCAGGGCUCCCCUGGGGCUACUGCCCACCCCUCCCACCAUCCCCGCCAGGGUAAGAUGGUGUCCCCCAGGGAACAGAAGUCUCCAGUCCCAUCUUAAGCUCUGCUGGAUCCCUCGUGACAUCAACCAGCCCCCUCGCGGCUGCCGGGAGCUGUGAGCUCUGUGCUGGGGCCAGGCCGGCACCGGGCACAGACACUUAGGCCCUUGUUGGGAGAACAGAGAGAGGCUCUCUUGUCCACUGCCUGUCUUCGGUUCCAACUGCUGGUUCUCCUAGAGGCCUCUCCUCAGACUCGCAGAGCUGCCUGAUCAUUGCUACAGAAUGAACUCUAACCCAGCUGGGACCACCAGUCCACAGCCCUCCAAGGCCAAUGGGAACAUCAACCUGGGGCCUUCAGCCAACCCAAAUGCCCGGCCCACGGACUUCGACUUCCUCAAAGUCAUCGGCAAAGGGAACUAUGGGAAGGUCCUGCUGGCCAAGCGCAAGUCUGAUGGGACGUUCUAUGCAGUGAAGGUGCUGCAGAAAAAGUCCAUCUUAAAGAAGAAAGAGCAGAGUCACAUCAUGGCAGAGCGCAGUGUACUUCUGAAGAAUGUGCGGCACCCCUUCCUCGUGGGCCUGCGCUACUCCUUCCAGACACCUGAGAAGCUCUACUUCGUGCUCGACUAUGUCAACGGGGGAGAGCUCUUCUUCCACCUGCAGCGGGAGCGUCGGUUCCUGGAGCCCCGGGCCAGGUUCUACGCUGCCGAGGUGGCCAGCGCCAUUGGCUACCUGCACUCCCUCAACAUCAUUUACAGGGACCUGAAACCAGAGAACAUUCUCUUGGACUGCCAGGGACACGUGGUGCUGACGGAUUUUGGCCUCUGCAAGGAAGGUGUAGAGCCUGAAGAGACCACAUCCACGUUCUGUGGUACCCCCGAGUACUUGGCACCUGAAGUGCUUCGGAAAGAGCCUUAUGAUCGGGCGGUAGACUGGUGGUGCUUGGGGGCAGUCCUCUACGAGAUGCUGCACGGCCUGCCGCCCUUCUACAGCCAAGACGUGUCCCAGAUGUAUGAGAACAUUCUGCACCAGCCGCUACAGAUCCCUGGGGGCCGGACGGUGGCCGCCUGUGACCUCCUGCAAAGCCUUCUCCACAAGGACCAGAGGCAGCGGCUGGGCUCCAAAGCAGACUUUCUGGAGAUUAAGAACCAUGUAUUCUUCAGCCCUAUAAACUGGGAUGACCUGUACCACAAGAGGCUAACUCCACCCUUCAACCCAAAUGUGGCAGGACCUGCUGACUUGAAGCAUUUUGACCCAGAGUUCACCCAGGAAGCUGUGUCCAAGUCCAUUGGCUGUACCCCUGACACUGUGGCCAGCAGCUCUGGGGCCUCAAGUGCAUUUCUGGGAUUUUCUUACGCGCCAGAGGAUGAUGACAUCCUGGAUUGCUAGAAGAGAAGCACCUGUGAAACUACUGAGGCUGGCUGGUAUUAGUAAGGAAUUACCUUCAGCUGCUAGGAAGAGCGACUCAAAGUAACAAUGGCUUACAUGAGAAGCAGGUUUAUUUUUUCCACCACAUAAAAGAAAAAUAAUGUUACGGAGUCCAGGGCUGGCAGGACAGGUCAUUGGCUACUCAGAGGCUGUAUUUCUGCCCUGCCAACCUUGACAAAUGGCUUCCAAUGUUAGGUUUGCUACCAGAUGGUUACUGGAGCUCUAGCUGCCAAUUUUGUGUUUGGGGAAAGGAAAACAGAGGAAAGGGGGAGAAGAGCAAAGGGUGCUUUUAAAGAGCUUUCCCUCUGCUUCCAUCUCACUAACCACCCACCCCUACCUGGAAUGGAGGCUGGGAGAUGUGGCUUAUUUGCUGGGUACAUGACUAUCCCUUGUAACAAAGGGGUUCUGACACAAAGGGAGAAGGGGAGAAUGUUGGGUAGGCACCCAGCACGCUUUACCAGAGGGCCUCCUGGUGUUUGGAUUUUGAUCUCAAUGUGUAAAAUGACAGAGAUGUAACAAGCUUAUCGGGUAUCAAUAUCUCUAAUUGUUCUAUGUUGAUGAUAUCCGUCUUUGUUGCGGGUAAUAUUGGACAUUUGUUAUUGGGUCUGGGUGCCUGGUAUCUGAACCCCUUCUUGUCUCCAGGGAAUCCCCUGUUUUAUGAGACUUAAUGGGGGGCAAUAACUACCUCCACUUAGGUUCCAGCAAUUCUCCUGCCUCAGCCUCCUGAGUAGCUGGGAUUACAGGCAUGCACCACCACGCCUGGCUAAUUUUGUAUUUUUAGCUGAAAAUGCUAGACACCGACUUUCCCAGCCUCCCCUUAGCCAGGGCCAGGCAUGGGGACCAGGGAUGCACCCAUGCCACACUUUGACUCAGGAAAGGAAUCAGGAGUGCUCUUUUGUGUGGUAACUGUGGCAGCAGUAUCCACAAAAUUGAGUUCCUGGUGUAGAAGUGGCAAGGAUGCAAACUGUAGCAGUUGGUGCUCAAUGGCAACAAUGCCAUCAGACCAGCCCUGCAAUGUCAUUCCUGGAAGCCUCAAGUCUUUCUUUUUUUCAGACAGUCUUGCUCUGUUGCCCAGGCUGGAGUAUAGUGGUGCUAUCUCAGCUCACUGCAACCUCCGCCUCCCGGGUUCAAGUGAUUCUCCUGCCUCAGCCUCCCUAGUAGGUGGAACUAUAGGCACGCGCCAUCACACCUGGCUAAUUAUUGUUUGUAUUCUUAGCAGAGACAGGGUUUCGCUAUUUUGGCCAGGCUGUUCUCGAACUCCUGACCUCAAGUGAUCCUCCCACCUCAGCCUCCCAAAGUGCUGGGAUUACAGGCAUGAGCCACUGCACCUGCCCAAGCCUCAAGUCUUAUCUAGCUUUCCAAAUGAUCUGAGAACUUCUGAUCCUUUUUAACACAGUCCUUUUUUGCUUAAUUGGCCAAAGUUAGCUUUAGAUCGCCUGCCUAUGCUGGGCUAGUUGCUGUGCUAGACUCUUCCAUGUCUAUUACAAAUUUUCCAUCCAAACAACCCUGAGGUAGGAAUUAUUACUAUCCCCUUUUUACCAGUGAAGAUGCAGAGUCAGAUAAGUUGUUCCUUGCCUGAAGGCCACAUAACUAAUAAAGGCCGGAGCUGGGACUUGGAGCCCUACAAGCUGGCUCCAGGGCUCUCACAUUGAA